AUGGCGCAGCCUCCGACGCGUCAGGCGCUUUUGCAGCAUGUGUUCGAAGAGACGGUCCAUGUGGCUGGUAGAUUGCUGCCAGAUACGGUGGAAUUUCUGCAGCAGCAUGAUUGCCGCACAGUUGUGAUCUUGUCUGCGAAUGACACGGACUCUUUGCUAUGUGUCCAUGUGCUACAGUCGUGCUUGUCGGAACGGUUGGGGCUGCUGGUGAAGUUGUACGUGGCUGCGUGUUAUGCGGACCUGUUGUUGGCGAGUGUGAGGUUUCGACAGGAAAGUGCUGUGGUGAUAUUCAUCAACUGUUGUGCAAGGAUAUACAUCGGGGACCUAUUCACGGAUCAAGAGGUACAUAAUGAAGGAGAGAACGCACAGGGAGAUAAUAGGGGCAGAGGGAUGAGAGACAGAGAGAUGAGGAAUGACCAAGGUUACCAGAAUCGUCGGAGCGGAGACAAACUGUUGUGCUUGGUUGACUACCACCGACCUUAUGACCCAGAAUACGUGUCCAAUUCCCUGGAGCAGAUGGCGGGACGUCGAAAAGCAGCAAGUGGGCUGGCGACAAAUGCCGUACAUAUAUAUUUGACAGAAGCCGACUACUCUCGCUUAAAGGUGCAGGUCUAUGACAAAAAGGAGGCCGGUAGCUUUGAGAAGUCCACGUCGGAUCACGAUACUAAUUCCAUCAGCACCAUCGUGGACAUAAUGAGUUUGGACCUUGGAGAAUACGUGGCUGACGAUACGUCUUACGCGAUUUGUUAUGAAGCACUAGUCGAGACUGGCAUACUCGAUUCAGUUGAAACCUCGUCGCGUCCCACACAACCCGACCUCUUCGGCUACUAUGCCGCCAUGUCGUUAUCCUUUCAUGUUCUUCAAGGACAUUACACGUACCGACAGUACUUAAGUCAGAUUAAUGAAAUCCGAAGGAUAAUGAAAUGCAACUUACAGGAAGAGAUCAAUUUACCAUUGCUUAGGUUCCAGUCGUUGAAAAAUACGGCGGAAUUCUCAAUUCUACAUAUUGGAGCUAGAUUAAUCUACGACAAUCUAAACGCACUGCGAACCGAACUGGAGAUUAACUCUGUACAAUCCAUUCGUGACACAUCUUGUGCUUCCAUCCACCGCACACUGUGGGAGCACAAGCACUGUGUGGAGCACACACUGUGUGACAGCACGCGUUUGAGUCCGGUCAUGGUUAUGGUUUUAGCAAUGUUGGGAAGAAGUGCCGAGUGUGGAUACAAUCGAGAAGAGUCGUGGGAGAAUGGAGAGUGUGUUUGGUCGAUAUUUAUCGUACCCGGAGUAUCCUACGGCGAACUUUAUUUUGCCGAUGGUUUUGAUGAAGACAGCUCACGGGGUGUUGAGUAG